AGCAACUACUAGGAGACAACAAAAUGGCGAACAUUCUCCCACCACCUCCAGCGCUCCCCAGCGGUAGUGUCCAGUACAUCCACUCCUCAGAGAAGGUCCAGUACGUUCAGUCGAGGGGGAAGAGAGGGAAGGAGCAUAAGAACUCGCUACAGCAGCAAAUUGAGGAGAUGAGGCGACAGAAGAAGAGAGAUGGGAAGAAUGAGGGAAGGAUUGACUUUAAUAAUCUAUCGAAACAAAUAGAUCCUUCAAAUUAUAGAAACAGUCUGUUCCACAAUACUUGUACAUCAAUACUUGCUAAAGGCUACCACCAAUCAUUUACCGAACUAUUUGAGCUCGUCCAAAAGCAAAGAGAAGAUCACAGAAUAGCAGGACCAGGUGCUAUCCUACUCUCCCCACUGAUAGAUGACAAACCGGAUAAACUGGAUUACUUACAAGUUUGUCUCAUGAGUGCUGAAGAUGCCAGUCGUCGUGGUGACCUAGAAGCCGUAUAUUUAUCCCAGCGUGAUCUGGCACUUCAUUUUGAUCAGACUGGGGAUCACUGGCUCUCCGAUCAUUUCCAUAAUCGCUGCUUGGAGACCGGUAGACUGAUAAAAGGAGAUGGCAGACGUAAAGAAGGAGAAGCUCACUUCCAUGUAGGACUAGCUUAUGAGAAUAGAGGUGAUUUGGAUAAAGCUGUGGAACACAUGGAGAUAUUCUAUGAGCUGACAUCAGCCAAUAACUGGCACACAGAGAAUGGAGAGAACCUUUACCGUAUUGCCUGUGAACACUUGAGAAGAAUCUACACUACAAUUGCAGAGAAAUCAGAGGAUACCUCAUUAUUGAUAGAGUACCUUCAAAAGGCUCAUACCAUGUCAAAGAAAGCCAAAGACACUUACCAAGAAGGACUGGCCUCCUACAGACUGGGCUGUGCUCAUGAAAAGAACAAAGACUUUGAUACUGCACUACAAUGUCAUAAGAGUUUCCUGGAGAGAUCUCGUUACCAUAGUGACGAGGUUGGAGUAGGUAACGCCUACGAAGCUUUGGCUAGAUGUCAUGAAAAUAAAGGUGAUCUUGAGAGUGCUGUCCAGUGUCUUGAGUUAUAUGUUAAUGUAGCUGAGAAGAGUGGAGCUACUGAGUCACUAGCUAAAUCAUGCAGAGCUGCAGGAACCAUCUUUAAUACACUGGGUGAUUACAGAAAGACCUUAGAAUAUUUCUCAAAAUGUUACACUUUUUGUCAACAACUGAACGACAAGGGUGCCAUCCAGUCUGCUCAAGUACAAUACGGGAUAGCUCAAGCUCAUUACAAAAUGAUAGAGUUCACUUCAGCCGUUAAAGAUCAGACUGAGAGAGGACUAAUGAAACUAGUAGAUUGGAAAGGAAAGAAGAACAUUACUGAAGAAUCGGAGACUACUGAUGAUGAUGAGAAGAAUAAUGAUAAAGAAGAAGAAAAAGAUGAAAGUGUACAAGAUAGUGACAGACCUAGUGAGAAAGAAGAUAUUGAAGAAACAGAAGAUGUGGUGGAACAAGUAGAGGAUGAUAACACAGGAAUUAAAAAAGAAGAGACAGUAUCAUGAUUAUAAAAGAUAUAUUGUAGUAUUAUUUUUAAAGAACAUUAUCAUUCUGCAUAAUAAUAAUUAUUAUUAUAGUCAUAGUUAUACCUAAGUUCAAAUAUUCUUCAUUAAAGAA